AUGUCUUUCGACUCCAUACCCAUAUUAGAUCUCUCCUUAGCCAAGGACCCAGCCACAAAGCCCGAGUUCCUAAAUCAGCUCCGACACGCUCUCCUCGAAGUGGGCUUCUUGUACCUCAAAAAUGUAGGAAUAUCAGAAGAGCUCACACAAGCUGUCAUCAAGGAGGGAGUUUCCUUCUUCGAUUUACCCAUGGAAGAAAAACUCAAAGUCGAAAUGAAGAACGCGCCAUCAUUCCUGGGCUACUCACGUCUCGAUGCAGAAAUAACGGCACAUACAAUCGACCAUAGAGAGCAAAUUGAUCUCUCGACCGAUCAUGCAGUUCGUACCCCUUCUCAGCCACUGUACAGAAAUCUCUUUGCACCUACACAAUGGCCAUCCGCUUCAUACAUGCCGAAUUUCAAGCCUGUCUUCAGCGAAUACAUAACGCAGAUGGGAGCAAUAUCUAUCUUCUUCACGUCCCUGAUUGCUGAAGCUAUCGGGCUGAAGCCAAACGCGUUCAACAAGUAUUUCGAUGCGGACCAGCAGCAUAAGUUGAAGAUUGUGAAGUAUCCCGAUUUGAAGGAGUUGGGGCUGGAAGGUGUGCAGGGGCAAGGAGUUGGACCUCAUAAAGAUAGCAUGUUUACGUCUUACCUGCUGCAGGUCACGAAGCAUAGGGGUCUACAGGUGCAGAAUUUGAGUGGUGAGUGGAUUGAUUGUCCGCCGAUUGAUGGUACGCUUGUGGUUGCUGUUGGACAGGGAAUGGAGGCUCUAACGCAAGGCGUGUGCAUGAGUACUACUCAUAGAGUGUUGUCUCCCGCUCGGGGGUCAGGGGCUAGGUUCAGCGUUCCUUUUUUUCAGGGCGGGGGUGUUGGGAGGGUGCCGGAGGAGGUCAGGGAGAUGAGGAGGAGGGUUGUGGCGAGGAAUGGGGGACGGCUGGAUGAUGUUGAGUUUACGUUUAGUGGUGGAAGGGGAGCGAGAACGCUGGGCGAGGCAACGUUAAAGAAUCGUAUUAAGAGCCAUCCGGAUGUUGGAGAAAGGUGGUAUCCGGACAUCCUAGCUGAGAUUAGAGCGCAACAGGAGAGGGAGAAAGAGGAUGCGGAAAAAAAGGUAGCCUUUGUGACAAGCCCUGCUCACAGUGGUACACCAGUUUCAGGAGAAUUAGGAAAGGCUGUAGAAGCGCACUGA